AUGUAUUUACAAGCCAUUGCUAAUGAUACAACAAUUGAAGAAGUUCAUGCUAAAGGUUAUAUUGGUAUUGUAUUCUGCGAUGAUGAUAGUAGACGAAAGCUCUCCAUAAAAGGAACCCUCUCGCGGCUUAAGCAUUGGCUCUUAAAGGAAGCACUACAUCUAUCAUAUAAUAUUACAGGAGAUGAAAUCCAUUUUCUUCCUAUUCUUCUCAAAUUUUAUUCAUCUAUCUUGGUCUUAUUCAAUUCAAGCAACUGUUACUUUGAAUGCCUUUCCCAGAAAAUUAAGUCUUCUCCCCCCAUCUCCACCACCUUCUACACCCCAGAUCAAAAUGCAUCAUUCACGUCCCUUCUAGAGUCCACUGCCCAGAAUCUAAGGUUUUUGGGCCCCUCCGAGACCAAACCAGAAGCCAUCUUUACUCCACUCUGCGAAUCCCAUGUCCAGGUCGCUGUCAUCUGUGCUAGAGAAAACGGAGUUCACCUCAGAUUCAGGAGUGGGGGACAUGACUACGAGGGUAUCUCUUACACCUCCAGAAUCGAGGAGGAUGUGUUCGUGAUCAUCGAUUUCUCCAAGUUUCGCGGGGUCAGCGUGGACAUAAACGAGAACACGGCUUGGGCCCAAGCUGGCGCUACGGUUGGGGAGUUAUACUAUUGGAUAUCAGUCAAAAGCAAGAUCCAUGGCUUCCCAGCCGGCCUCUGUUCCAGCUUGGGAGUUGGUGGACAUAUCACAGGAGGAGCAUAUGGCUCCAUGCUGAGAAAAUAUGGCCUGGCUGUGGACAACGUUCUCGACGCUCAGCUUGUCGAUGCCACUGGCAGACUCCUUGACAGGGAAGCCAUGGGAGAGGACCUGUUUUGGGCAAUUAGAGGUGGCGGCGGGGCCAGCUUCGGCGUUAUCCUGGCAUGGAAGCUCAAACUCGUUCCCGUCCCAGAAAUUGUGACGGUCUUCAACUUCACAAAGACGCUCGAGCAGCAAGGCGCGGUGAGGAUUCUCCACCGAUGGCAGCAAGUCGCACCCAAUAUUGACGAGGAUUUAUUCAUUAGGGUAUUAAUCAACAAGGUGAAUAAGACGACAAUCGCCACUACAUACAACGCCCUGUUCCUCGGUGACGCUGACAGGCUCAUCGGGGUGAUGAAAAAAGGGUUCCCGGAGUUGGGUUUAACUCGAAAAGACUGCAUCGAGAUGAGCUGGAUCGAAUCGGUGUUAUUCAUAGCAGGGUUGCCGAGUGGGACUCCGCCGGAGGCACUUCUUCAAGGGAAGUCAUUAAUGUCCAAGUACUACUUCAAGGCGAAAUCAGAUUUCGUGAGGGAGCCGAUACCAGAUUCGGGCAUGAAAGGUGUCUGGAAGAGGUUAAUGGAGGAGGAUUAUCCGUAUAUAAUAUGGACCCCAUAUGGCGGCAUGAUGAACAGGAUCCCCGAGGAUGACAGCCCUUUCCCACACAGGAACGGGAGUUUGUUCAUGAUUGAUUACCUGAGCAUUUGGCAAGACCCGAGCCAGGCCUCAGCCAAGAAGCAUAUCGAUUGGGUUCGGGAGCUGUACAACUACAUGGCUCCGUACGUAUCAAAGUUCCCAAGAGAAGCGUAUGUCAACUAUAGAGACCUAGAUUUAGGGAAGAACAACAACAGGGAAGGAACCGACUUCACUCAGGCCUGCGGUUGGGGCACAAAGUACUUCAAGGACAACUUCAUUCGGCUGGUGCAGAUCAAGACAAAGGUUGAUCCCCAUAACUUCUUCCGCCACGAACAGAGCAUCCCUGUCUUUCCUACAUAGAAACAACCAAGCAACUCAUAUAACGAACAUUCCACUUUCAUUAGCUAAAUUAUGGGGAAAAUAAAGAACAAAGUAUAAUAAACCCAAAAAUAAAAAUAAUAUAUAAGAAAGUACUCACAAGCUCUUGAGGUGUUUAAGACUGUCAUAGACUCUUCUUUCUUGUUAUAGAUAAUGAUUAUUCAAUCAAAUUGGUUAAUUA